AGUAUAUAUAUUGAAGAAGUGUUGAACGGCUGUUGGGAUAUUUGGGGUGCUCACAAAUAUCAUUCCUCUAUAUAUAAUUGCUUUGGACAAUGUUUCUUUGCUAUAAACAUUUCCUUCUCUUUCAACCAUGGAAAAACAUGAAGAAUCAUUCAAAGUUGUUCAGGUUUGCAAUGUUGAACCCUAUCUUGACACAACAAAACCUUUUUCAUCACCAACUUCACUUCCACUCACUUUCUUUGAUCUUUUAUGGUUAAGAUUUCCACCAGUUGAACUUCUCUUCUUCUAUGAACUCACAAACUCAACAACUUUUUUCUAUGACACUCUUCUUCCAAAUCUUAAACACUCACUUUCACUCACACUUCAACACUUUCUCCCUCUUGCUGGUAACAUAACUUGGCCUAGUGAUUCAUCCAAACCAAUCAUAAACUAUGUCAAGGGAGAUAAUUCUAUUUCUUUCAAUGUUGUUGAGUCCAAAGAAAGUUUCAAAGAUCUUUCUUCUCAUCAUUGUGAAGCUUCAAAAAGACAUCAUUUGAUACCACAUUUGAAAAUUUCUCAUGAAAAGGCUUCUUUGCUUGCAAUACAAGUUACUUUGUUUCCAAACAAUGGUUUUUGCAUUGGAAUAACAACACACCAUGCUGCUUUAGAUGGAAAAUCUUUAAGUACUUUCAUGAAAUCAUGGUCCUAUGUUGCAUGUUCUAAUUCUAAACAUGAUUCAUCUUUUUUAUCAUUACCUGAAACUCUAACACCUUUUUUUGAUAGAUCAUUGAUACAAGACCAUAAUAAUGGAAUUGGAAUUAGUGAUGCAUAUGUUGUUGAUUUGAUGAAACAAGGUGGACCAAAUAAUAGAAGUCUCAAGAUUAUGAAUUUUUCUGGUCCAGUGAAACAUGAUGUAGUUAAAAGUUUGUUUGAAUUGACACCUUCAAAUAUUCAAAAGCUUAAAGAACAUGGAAAAAAUGAUAUGAAAAUGAAGGUUAUAAAUUUGUCAACUUUUUUAGUUACAAGUGCUUAUAUUUUGGCAUGUUUAGCAAAAGCAGAACAACCUAAGGUUGAAAAAGUGGUUUUCAUAAUUUCUAUGGAUUGUAGAUCAAGAUUGGACCCUUCAAUUUCUACUAUGUAUAUUGGAAAUUGUAUUGCAGGACAAAAGAUUGUGUUUGAGACAAAGAACUUAGUUGGAAAAAAUGGAUUUUUAAAUGCUUUAGAAGGGAUAAAUAAAGCUUUGAAUAGUGUGAAAGAUGUUGGAGUGUUAAAUGGAGCUGAAAAUUGGGUUUCUAAUAUGUAUAGUGGAUUUGAAGGAGCAUUUUCUCUUGGUGAAAGUAGGAAUAACAAUGGUGGAAUUGAGAUUGGUUUGGCUUUAAAUAAGGAAGAGUUGGAAGCUUUUUCUACCAUUUUUGUUGAAGGACUUGAAUCUAUUUAAAGUUCAAAGUUGUCGACUAGUUUGAAUAUGCUAUAGUAAUCUUUUAUCUUGUAAUUGAAUAAAUGAAAAUUUGCAAGCUUUAUUUAUUUUGAUAA